GCCCUUCCCAGUGUUUUCCCAGACUUGGCGCGGUGCAUUGUGGGUGCCCAUGCCAUGGAGACCAAGAAGCGGCUGAGUGUGGGGCACCAAGGCACGGCUUUAUCUGCGGCUCUAGGGCUGUGCUGCGCGGUGCUGCUGGCUGGAUUCUGUGGCCCCGGUCCAGUGCAGAGUCAUUCCAUCCCCCUGCAGCUUCCCAGCGACUGCGGGCUCCAGGAAUACUAUGAGCCAAGUAACCUCUCCUGUGUGCGGUGCCAGAACUCCCAGAGACCCAGCCAUUGGGGUACUUCAUGUGUGUGCCUUGUAGGAUACAAGCGUAAUUCCACAGGAGACUGUGAGCGGUGCCCUGAGAGUCUGGGUGUAACAGCAGAUGGAUGGAGUUGUAUUAAAUGCCCCAAUGGGCUGAACUCAAAUGGGAAUUGCCUCUGUCCUCCAGGAAACAUUUUGGUGGAAAGAGAUGUGAAUGGCUCCUUGCUGUUAGAAGCAGAAUGCAUUGACUGCGAUGGGACUGAACCUUCCUUCACUGCUGCCAACACCCUAGGAAACAGGUGUGAACGGUGCCAUCACACGGUUAUCAACAGGAGUAACUCAUGCAGCUGUAACCAGCCAAAUAUUAUGACUGGAGGCAUAUGCUAUAAUGCAGCGGGGAGUAUCCUGUCCAAAGCUCUUCUGACUGUUCAUUACAGCCAACUGGGUUUGAUAUUGCGAUCAGAAUGGUUUGCCACGCAUUUGCAAGCAUCGGCUGCAGCUUGUCUGAUGUACAGUAAUCAAACAUCAUGCCAAGCUCUGGGGAACAUGUGUGUCAUGAACAUGCAUUCUACAAGUAUUUCCAGUGCUGACGCUUGCGGUCUGUUCCAGUACAUAUUUACAAGCACAGCAGGUCUAGGAGUUAUCCAUUCCCUUUCAUACUGGCGAACAAAUCUGCCAUGGCUCUUCUAUGGUGACCAGCCUGGACUGGCUUCCAGGACUCUUGUGUCCUCUCCAGUUCCCACAAGCUAUACUUUUAAAGAAAGUGAGGAGGUAGAAAAUACCAAACUGCAGUUUCUAGCGGCUGUGUAUGACGUUCGAGGGAAUUUUAUAAAAUGGCAAUCAUUGGCUGGAGGACUACUGCAGUUGUGUCCUGAUAUUGUGGCCAGGAUAGAUGCUGCUUUCAGCUUUGGAACAACGUAUAAACAAGAAUGUAGAAUUAGUGUUUCUAAGCUCCUGCGUGACCACCCCGAGCCUGUGUUCUAUGAUGUGUAUCUGGCCUACCCAGGGAAUGAGAAGCAGCAGAAUCUCCUUCCUGUGCCAGUCCUGAACCUGAACCUCCAGUACCAUGAAAUGUUUGUUAACCAAGGAGACAACAUCAACAACUGGCUCUUGACUCGCCGAAUCUUCCUGGUGGAUACUAUUAGUGGGCGAGAAAAUUCUCUGGCCGAUCCUCCAAGGCUCAUUAGAGUGGCUAGCAAAAUCACAAUCAGCAUUAGACUUGUACCAGACACUUACAAGGGAAUAAUUUACCCACCUCUCAUGACUGUGCAAUACACAGAUGUACAGCUGCAAAAUCCAGAGUCCCAAAUUGUCAAGGUUUCCUUUUCAGUAAAUUAUGAAAUGAGACAGUUGGACUCGUUGAAAAAAACUGAUGUGGCGAUAGGGGUGCUAGGAGGCCUGGCUGUACUUUGGUCUCUUCUGAAAACUGCAGCUUGGAAGAGAAGAAUUGGGAGCUCAUUUAUUGACAUGCAGACCGUGAUUCACUUUUUAAUAUUCUAUGCUGGGGCCUUGGCAGAUGUGUUUUUUCUCGUGACAGUUGGCACAGGGUUUUAUUGGCUCAUUUUGUUCAAAGGACAGCAAUAUGUUUCUGUUCUGUUACCUGUACCAGAAGAAGAAUAUAACUUUGUUUCCUAUGUCUGGUGUGCAUUUGCUCUAAAGGCUCUACAGCUCCUGUACAAAAUGACCUUACUGCUCACUAUAGACGUCUUUUUCAUUGACUGGGAGAGGCCCAAGGCACGAACUCAGCCUUCUGAAGGCAAGACAAAGAACAGCGUUGCACCUGUGAGCAUAUGGAGGAGCUACUUCAUAGCAAAUGAAUGGAAUGAAAUUCAGACAGUGAGGAAAAUCAGUCCCCUCUUUCAAGUGUUUGCGGUUCUCUUCUUUUUAGAGAUCGCUGGCUUUAAAUACCUAGCACUAAUGGAUCCAUCUUCUAGCCUUUCAAGAAACUCACAGGACUACAUGGCUCCUUGGAGCCGAAUUCUAAGAUACGGAGUGUCCACUGCGAUUUGGCUGGCUAUUGGCUGUUUGCAGGUUCUCUUCUUCUCUGUGAUUUAUGAAAGAUAUGUGGAAGACAAAAUAAGGCAGUUUGUUGAUUUAUGUUCAAUGAGUAAUAUUUCCGUGUUUAUUUUGAGCCACCGCUGCUACGGAUAUUACAUCCAUGGUCGCUCUGUGCAUGGACAUUCAGAUACCAACAUGGAGGAGAUGAACCUAAAUUUAAAGAGGGAAGCGGAAAACCUGUGCAGUCAAAGAGGGUUACAACCAAACUCAGAUAUUCAGACUUUCCAGAUUUCUAUUUCAUCUAGAGCAAGAACGCACUUUGACCAGAUCCAUGAGAGUUUAACAAAGAGACAUGGCCCUUCAAGACUGUUCCACACAUCUCUCUCCACUUCUGACCUGAAUACCAGAGCCUACAAUAGCAUGAAUAAAUUCCUUAGUUCUUUUAUUGAUCAUGCUUUUAAAGAAGUUGAUUACUUUGUGAAAGACAAAAUGUUUUUAGAAAGGCUGCUCAGCAUGGAGUUCAUGGAACCGAUGGAUAAAAGCAUCUUUUAUAAUGAUGAGAAUCAUUCAUUCACUGAUGUUCUUUUUUAUGGAAAUGAAUCUACUCUCCUCAUAUUUGAUACCCUAUUCUUCUGCGUUGUUGACGUUGCUUCACAAAACUUUGUUCUGGCUGCCAUCCUCACAUUCCUACAGCAAGAGUUAUUCAGGCUGCUCUGUAAUGCAGUGGGGAAGAAGAACUUGGCCUCUAAAACCCAGAUUGAUGAAAGGUUCCUGAUAUGAGAAAAAAAUGUGUAUCAGCAGCUGGACUGGGACAUUCCAAAGACAGUAUUUUUACAUUAUAUGAAUUUAAAGUAUUUUUGUAUCAAUCUUUAACUCCAGCCACAGUACAAAGAGUGGGUAUGCUGAGCCUUGUUUGCAAGGGGUCUGAACAUGAGUUACACCUUUGGGCCUAAUGGGUUAUAAUGGGACAGUAAAGAAGGUCUAUUAAAGUGCUGCAGGUGUGAGACAGCAUGUAUAGUAAGCCAACAUGGUGGCAAGGUCUACAGCUGUGGCACAGUAGGACUCACCAGUGGCAACCAGUCAGAUAUUUGCUGCAUUUUAUAAAACUUGUAGAUUGAUUAGAACAUUGUUUCUGUUGAUUACUGCACCGGGGCAAGUUAGAAUCUGUGUUGGUAAAUUAGCCCCAGUAUGUGUAGUAUUUUAAGAUGUUCUUAAAUGCUGCCUGGGUGUUUUAGAAGUUGUCGUUUCACCAUAGCAGCUAGAGAGCUGCAGCCUAGUUUUAUAAUAAUAAUGGACACCACUUCAGAUAACACUGUAGGGGGCAGGAUAUCCCUUACUGAGUAGAAAAAUGACCUGUAAAUAUUUCUUGUUUUUACUUUGUAUAUUUCUGUACUUAAAACACAGACGGCAUUGUCUCACAGACGUAUUCAUUUAAAGGAGUAUUAACCGGAACUGAAACAUAACGUAUUCAGUCAUAGUAGCAGUGUUACAUGGGCUCAGUGCUGCACAUCCCCUAUGCAGGCUCCAAUGCGGGACAUUAUGGCCUGCAGGCAUUACACUUAGUGCUGUGAUCCAAUCAGAGAUAUUGCAUUUUUCAACCUAAAGCUCAGUUUUCAGUUUGUGUUUGUCCCAAUAUCUGUUUUCCUUUCCUUCCACAGACAUACCAUAAAGUUCCAUAAUCUAAAUGAUCUCUGUCAUUUACUGGCUCCGUGCCUGCAGCCUGCCAUCCUUUAUAUUCCAUUUGGGAAUGACUAAAGAGAACAGAAUGACAGCUGAAAGGAUACUUUCUAUAGGCAAUAGAAGUACAGGUUCAGUUUACUUUGUUAUACCACAGUGCCCCAUACUAGUUUAAAAUCCUAAAAUUGCCUCCCUUUCCAGGAUAAUAUGGGGUUAAUCAGGCUGUGAUCAUCUGGUGGUUAAUCUAGUGAUCCUAUAUCCAUAGGCAUGGAGCAUAGAGUCUUUGUAAGACCUGACAUGGCUUGUCAGUAUACUUGAUUUUAUAAACAUAUAAAAAGGCAAACUUUAUUAUUGUAUAUCUUGCUGUAAUCAACUGUGGUGCAUCACCACAUACUUUUAUGGGCCAACCAAUUGAUUACAGCGGCCACUUGCACAGAUUCACAGAAAGGCAGAAAGAUACAAUUCAUGUAGUUUAGUAACUUUAAACUAAUAACUUUAUUGUUCUGCUGCCUGGUGCCACCGCAGUUCCUUCAGUGCAUUUACAAGAUUAUGUACAUUGUCGGACAUUGGCGUUCUGAGCUAGGAUGACCAGGCCACUUGAAAAUUCAAGAGCACUCUGGAAAAUCCAGCUGGCAGGGUAGAACUAAUUGCAGUUUAAUUAAAAUGCCCUGCAACAUGUAUUUAUUAGAUGUGUCCCUGAAGUUUAAACUGAUCUGAUAAAACCCUCUCCUGCCAAGAUUAUUUUGUAUUUAUGCAUUUGUAUUUUCAAGUGAAUUAAAUAUUUUGUACAGAUA